AUGGGGAGAUUGGGAAUACUCGGAGAGGAAGUUUUGAGGGAGGUGAGAGAAGAGUUGACGGGAAACUUGAAGGGAGCGGGGAGGAAGAGGGGAAGUAGUAUGGGGAGUGCGAGUGGCAGUCAAAGGGGUGGUGUUGGUGCGAAGAGUGGGUUGGGUAUGGGGAGUAAGAUUGCGGGAGAGGGUGCUAGGGUUAGUGUGGACACUGAGAAGCCGGCUGUUAUACCAGUGGUAGGGGAUAGAAAUGGAGAAGUUUAA